AGCUGAAAUAUAUUCAGAUGGUUGAGAAGGUGUUAUAAACGUUGCAUAGGAGGUUCCUGGUGAUUCAGUGAACAGGUGCAGGCUGGAUAAAUCAUAGAGUAUCAGACUACAGCUGAACUGAAAGGAAUCAUGUUAAGGGGUGGAAUAUUCAAUCAUUAUUGCCUCAAGGCCCAUUUUAGGUUUCCCAAAUGUUAACUCGAAAUAUAUUCUUGAUAACUAUCUGUUUAUAGAAAUCACAUAUGCAUGAGGUGAUGACAUAACCUUACCUAGCCUAACCUUAGCUGAUGUUUAAAGCUAGGUCUUGUUGCUCAUUUAUUAUAGUAUUAUUAUCAUUAUUAGCCUAUAUAAAGGGCUGAUCAGGGAUUUAGAUGAGUCUGAAAAGCGGUGUGGACUCUGUAUUUGUACAGUGAGGGGUUGACCAGGUAAGAGCAGUUUGUCAGGAUGUUUACUGUUGGAGGCUUUGUUUACAGUCUCAUAGGUAAUGAGGUGUGGUCACGAUGAGCCGAGCGACCGCAAUACUCUUCUAACCUCACGAAAGUGGAGUUAGGCUUAAGUAUUAUUGUUAUCGUGUUUCUGUAAACCUUCACAUUUGACAUGCAUGCGUAUGGGUGUAGUCUGCACUUUGAUAACAUGGUAAACCAGCUUUUCAUGCCAUUCAGCCCUGCUAUCCAGCUGUCCAGAUGGGGUGCAGAUGCUGUAGCAUGAUAAAAAGUUACAUCUAUGAGCCUACAGACCCUGUGGAAGUCAAUGGGCUGAAACAGGAUCCUUCCACCAAUUCCUUAGUCUCUUCUUACCAAUGUCACAGUCAGUCAGAUGUUGGGAAAAAACAAGGCUUCCACAAUUUGGGCUACACCAGCAACAGCAACCUCAGCAAAUCUGACAUUGAAAACAAUCACAUAAACCAGGCUAGAUCGAACCAACCCCAGACAGCAGGGGGCAACUCUAGUCUCUAUAUUUUGCACCCAGACGGAAGGGUCCCCCCAAUCCUUCCUAGUGCUCCACCCAUAUGCCCUGUUUCACCAUUGGGCACAGAACCAGGGAAACAAACAGAGAGGUUCCGAGACUCAGGCCUGGGAAAUGGGUCUGAUGGCUACUUGUGCAGAACGGACCAGGAAGAGGAAGGAAGACAGGGAGCAGGGGACACGGCAGACGAGGAGAGCGUCAUAUCAGUGGACAUCCAUACUAGCAGCACCAGCCUCUCCUCAGCCGACACCAAGCUCGUGAUAGACGAAGAUUCAUCAUUCUCCCGGAAAGCGGGAUCGAAGGAAAAAGACACAGAGGACACUGUGAGUGUCACAGACUCUAUGGUGGCGGAAGCACUCGCUGCCUUGGAGGCGGCCACUGCAGGGGAGGAGUAUGAGUAAGAACUGGAGCUCACCACCUGUCAUGGCGCCUGGACCUGACAUGAAUGAACACCACAUAUGGCCAAAAAAGAUAUUUUUUCCCUUAUAUACGUUUCAAUCACCAAGUCUUCAUGAAGGAUUUUUUAAAUGAAGUUUUAAACAGACUCCUAUUUGUUUACAGUUCAUACUGUAUAUAAACAGAAUAUAUAAUAUGGAUAUAUUCUGCCAAGCAUAUUGGUAGCAUGGAGUGUAUGGGCUGUUACUUUCUGAACCUUUCUCUGUGCCUUUUUAUAGUCUAUGCAAGUCCAUACUACUGUGAUGAGCAUUUAAUUAUUUUGUUUAGUUGACAAUCUGCAAUAUUCUCCCUAACUUCAUGAUGAUACUAUAAGCCUGAGUGGGCAGAGAGAACAGUUGUAGCAAGUGAAGUUGUGAAUGUCCAAGGGGCUUAUAAUUCAUAGAAAAGGGGCACUGUUGUUCUUCCUUCCCAAAAUGUGAACACCUUUCAGUGGAACCGGGGCUUUGACCAGGUACACCCACAUAGGAAGAGCUUUAUUCUCAAACUAAUUCUUAAACUGAUAAAUCCAACACUGUAAACAUGUCCCUUUUGUCUUAUUUUGGUCUUAAUUGAUCAGUUUAUAAAGUUUUUUUAUUAUUAAAUUUCUAAUCAGGCUGAUGUUAAACACAUUAAUCCACUCAUCGACAUUUUAGCCUUGAUUACAGAUAUCUUGAUUCCUCUAAUGUCUAAAGAAAGCUUCUGUUCAUUUGGGGUUGAAGUGAGCAUCCAACUGACAUUAACAAUGAAUCCUAGUUAUCACUGCCUCUCUAGUUACUUCGGCAGCUUUAAGAGAACCACUGAGAGGACCCUCUCUUCAAAAUAGGAGAGUGGGUUCAAGUUUGAACUGCUGGGAAAACAGUAGCACAGGUUCCACAUCCCCCUACUGCAGGAAGUUAUAUGCUGAGAAAUGACACCUACAUUUUAUGCAGACUUUUCAUAAAGAAUUAUUAUUAUAGUGCUAACUGUUGUGACGUUAUUUAUGCAGUUGACAUAGCUGGGGCCAAUGACAGUAGUUGACCUUUAAAAAAAAAAUUUUUUUUUAAAAGUGAAACUGUGGUUAACUGAACGAGGCUCAAGAUUUCAGUUGGUGACUUGAUGUGAGGAAGGACUUUGCAUUUCCAUAAAACUAUGAAGAAGAAGCACAGUAAAACACUUUUCUCAGCCUAGCAGGUAAAUGUAAUCUUGCAUUAUCAGCCAUUUUAUUUUCUCAAAUGCUACAGUUAAACUUUCAGUAGUAAAGGAUUCUGAAUGUGUGGACUAUGUGUUACAGUACAGCCAAAAAUAUUUUCUUUUGCAAAAUGUAUAUAUGUAAAUGCACAAGCAGUCACUGUUUCAUCUACGAUAUUUAUUGUCUUUCAUGAUGAGAUCAAUACAGAUGUGUAUUUUAAAACAAUUUUGUCAUUUUCAAAAUCUGCUCCACUUAAUUUAAUUUAACAAGAGAUAAGGAAAAAAUAAUAAAGCACAAUGCCUGUGAUCAUGACUGGUACUGUUGGUAAUUUAGUGAUAUUUCUAAGGAAUAUGCCACAAGACACAAGGCAAAAGUCUUCCAGACAGCAAUAGACCAAGACACUCCAACUGUACAUGAGCUUGUGGGUGAGUGCAGUCUUCUGUUUACUUAAAUGCUAAAAAAUAAGAACUAUGGCUUUAUACUAGCCAGUAGUGCUGCAACUAACAAUUCUUUUUUUAAUAUUUCAUUAAUUUAUACUUGGGUAAUCUAUUGAUUUUUAUAAAAUACCAAAAAUAUUUAUUUAAAAAUACAUCUUUGCAGCAUUAUAAUCAAUUAAUAUUACUUCAGAACUCUUAACUAGGUUCAAUUAAAUAACAGGUCACUAACUGCAAUACAGCAUUACUGACAAUUACCAGAUAAUCGGUCACAGCAUGGCCCUGAUUUAUUAAUUCUGUAACCAGACAAAUUCAAAAUAAAGGCAAAAUAAUUAUCUGCUGUCUGUCUCGCUAACUGAAACACUCACUUUGCUUGCCAUAUUUGUGCGAGGCGAAUCAUUUUCUCUGUCGUAAUGCGCUCUGUCAUUUCCAUCAAAUGUGUUUUUAGUCUAAGUGGUGUAUCGCACUGCAGCAUGCUUCAUAACACAGUCCAAUCAAGCAAUAAUGAAAUUCAUUGCCAACUAUUUUUAUUAUCGAUUUUGUCGAUUAGUUGCUGCAGACCUGCUGCCAACUAUCUACUUCUGCUUUUUCUUCUCUUUCAGCACAAUGACAGAUAUAAGUGAACAGCACUUUAUCUACUGUGUAUGGUUUAAAUAUUUUCCUAAAAGGAGAAUUAAAACUUCAAUACAUGAAAAUUGUAUCUUAAGGAAUCUUCAGAAUCAGAAUAAAUAGUCAAUACAAAAAAAAAAAAAAAAAAAAUUACAUUUCAAAGAGAACAUGCCCAUUACUAGAAAAGUAAAACCCUACGCGGAACUAUCCUAGCUUCAUUCAUGGUUAUGGCACUAAAGUAGACUUGCCAUGAGGAAAUGUUUAAAGUAAUACAUUAAUAGACUUGGUGUAUUUUUAUAUCCAUAUAUCAGUAAUUGAGCAGGUGUACUAUAAGGAGCUCUUUCGAAGAGUUAGAAGAGUUUAGCGUCCCUCGUAGUUCCAUGAGGGAGCAGGUUAAUAAUUCACAGAUCCAAAAAUACCAAGGCAUAAUAAUACAUUACUGCCUGUUAAACAUUCAUGAGCUCCACAUAUGCAAACUCCACACAUGCACUAGACACUCUGAAACUGCAGGAACGUCUGUCUGACAUAUACUCAUUUCGUGGAAAUUCUACACUGCAACAUACUCCACACGUCAGUCAGGUUCUUGCUGCACCAGGCAGUAUAUAUGCAUGAUGUCAACAAACAGCAGAGAGAUUAAAAAGAAACAGACAGAAUGGAAUAAAAACCAUGAAAUUUAGAUGUAAAAAAAUAUAGAAGCAUGGGAUUAAGCAGUCUCUUCCAAUUCACACAGGCCAAGUGGACCAUGCUCUCUAAAUAGCCAAGAUCAGGAAUUAAUGGAAUGGAGAGGAAAAGGCAUUUUGUGUUUGAAUUUUGAGAAGGAGUCUGUUUCCAAGGUCAAC